AGAGGUGCGCAGCAACCGGCGCAGACUCCUUCUCGGGGUUCCGAGAAGUGAGUCCUGAAUUAAAGACGCGGGGAGACAACACCUGGACAACCCAAGAUGCCUUCUAAAAUCGGUGCCCGGCUAGCCCGGCUGCUACCAAUGAUCGGUUACCACCACGUGCUAAUGAUUAUCAUUGCGGUCGCCAUCAUCCUUCUAUCCCUAUUAUUGGCCGGAUGCUCGUCGUCUUCACCCCAGAUUCCUAGCAUAUUCCUGAUAUCAUUAUACUACGAACGAUACUCGCCGACGUUCAACCUAGCGCAGGUAGAUCCGGGCGUGGUUACAGCGACGGCGAACAUAGUAGGAGGAGCCGAAAUGGAAGUCCGUGUGGGCUACUUCGGUAUUUGCGUGCAGCCGGAUGCAGGAUCAUAUAUCUGCAAUGCCAAUGCGACCGCCUUGGCCGAGAUUGUCACGGUCGAUCAAGACCCUCUGAACCUGAUAUGGGUUGCGUCAACGUUCAAAGAUGCUGUUGUGUUUCCAUAUCUACUCAUCAUUGCCGUCAUCCUCGCCUUCUUCUGUUUUAUCCUGCUGGCCACCUUCCCCGGAUGGCACGACGAGCUCGAUGCUAGUGGUUCCGAAGUCGAAGCCAAGCCAUUUCCUUCACGACCUGUCUCGCAAGCCGCCCUCGCUCUCAUCUUUGUCGCGUCGGUCUUCGUCCUCGUGUCCGUUCUCUGGCAGCAUACCGCAUCCGUCGCCGCGAGCACCAUCGCCCAGGACAUGGGCAACGGUAGCGUGAAGAGUGGUGUUGGUACUUCUGCCAUGGUGCUAGGCUGGUUUGGAUUCGGCCUUAUGGUGGUGGUGACGAUAGGUCUUCUCGUCAUGAUUCUCAGCAUCAGCCUCAUCCGACAAUUGACGGACGAACCAUAGCCACGCUGACAUGCCAAAUUGGACCCUCAGCCCUUUUUUCAUCGCACUUUGAUUCCCCACUUUGAUUUUCAACGCUACGCA